GACUCAAAAACUAGGCUUUCUUCACUGCCUAAUCUGGGCGGCUCGAUUACCGCAUUGGCCUUUUCCAAACAUACAGAUGUCGUUUACUACGCUAUUGGGUAUGAUUGGUCCAAGGGGUAUGAAAAUCACCUCCCCAACUCAAAACUCGGGGUUUAUGUUCACAAAAUGGCAAAGUCUGCGAUCGAGCCAAAGGCACAGGCCGGUAUUUAUCGGAAGCGCUAA